CCGCCUCGCCUCGGUGUUGUCGUUUGUGCUCCGACUCCAGGCAGUGGGGGUCGGUGAGGAGAUUCAAUCAUGAAGUCGCGGUAGGGACUGCUCCCGCAGCGACGCGGCUGGCGAGCGUAUUUGUGUUGCGGGGUCAGGCUUCCAGUAUGCGGGCCUCUCCUGUUGCGGAGCACAGGCUCCGGACGCGUAGGCUCAGCGGCCAUGGCUCACGGGCCUAGCCGCUCCGCGGCAUGUGGGAUCUUCCCGGACCAGGGCACAAACCCAUGUCCCAUGCAUCAGCAGGCGGACUCUCAACCACUGCUCCACCAGGGAAGCCCGUGGACGAAUCUUAAAGACAUGCUAAGUGAAAUAAGCCAGACAUAAAUAGACAUAAAGUGAUUUUACAGCGAGAUGCUGCUCUCCAUCGGGAUGCUCAUGCUGUCGGCCACACAAGUCUAUACCAUCUUGACUGUCCAGCUCUUUGCAUUCCUAAACCUACUGCCUGUAGAAGCGGACAUUUUAGCAUAUAAUUUUGAAAACGUGUCUCAGACAUUUGAUGACCUUCCAGCAAGAUUUGGUUAUAGACUUCCAGCUGAAGGUUUAAAGGGCUUUUUGAUUAACUCAAAACCAGAGAAUGCCUGUGAACCCAUAGUGCCUCCGCCACUAAGAGACAAUUCAUCUGGCACUUUCAUCGUGUUGAUUAGAAGACUUGAUUGUAAUUUUGAUGAAAAGGUUUUAAAUGCACAGAGAGCAGGAUACAAAGCAGCCAUAGUUCACAAUGUUGAUUCUGAUGACCUCAUUAGCAUGGGAUCCAACGACAUUGAGGUACUAAAGAAAAUUGACAUUCCAUCUGUCUUUAUUGGCGAAUCAUCAGCUAAUUCCCUGAAAGAUGAGUUCACGUAUGAAAAAGGGGGCCACAUUAUCUUAGUUCCAGAAUUUAGCCUUCCUCUGGAAUACUACUUAAUCCCCUUCCUUAUCAUAGUGGGCAUCUGUCUCAUCUUGAUAGUCAUUUUCAUGAUCACAAAAUUUGUCCAGGAUAGACAUAGAGCUAGAAGAAACAGACUUCGUAAAGAUCAACUUAAGAAACUCCCUAUACAUAAAUUCAAAAAAGGAGAUGAGUAUGAUGUAUGUGCCAUUUGUUUGGAUGAAUAUGAAGAUGGAGACAAGCUCAGAAUCCUUCCGUGUUCCCAUGCUUAUCAUUGCAAGUGUGUAGAUCCUUGGCUAACUAAAACCAAAAAAACCUGUCCAGUCUGCAAGCAAAAAGUUGUUCCUUCUCAAGGCGAUUCAGACUCUGACACAGAUAGUAGUCAAGAAGAAAAUGAAGUGUCAGAACAUACCCCUUUACUCAGACCUUUGGCUUCUGUCAGCACCCAGUCAUUUGGGGCUUUGUCGGAAUCCCGCUCACAUCAGAACAUGACAGAAUCUUCAGACUAUGAGGAAGAGGACAAUGAAGAUACCGACAGUAGUGAUGCAGAAAAUGAAAUCAAUGAACAGAGUGUUGUGGUCCAACUGCAGCCUGAUGGUGAACAGGAUUACAACAUGGCAAACACUGUUUGACCUUCAGAGGGUAUUGGGUUAUUUCCCUUUAAAAUGUUUAUUUAGGCAUAUAGUGUUUUUGCUCCCUUUAGAGAUUUCUGUAGAAAUAACUUAUUUUUUAGUAUUCUACAGGUUAAUCAAAUUACUGAAACAGGUUUUUUUGAUCUGGUAUUUAUCUGCAGGAGUGUACUUCGUUUCACUAAUAACUAAUAUAGACUGGUGCUGUAACUCAAGCAUCAAAUCAACUCUUUUGGAAUGAAAUAUAGCCAAAACAUUAAAAAAAAAAUUCCUCACUAUAGCUUACAAUUAAAACCUAGAUCACAGUAUGCAACUGUUUCAUGUUUUUACACACAAGGUCAGUGCUGUGGCCACCUAGCAUGAGCUAAGCCAACCCCCAUCUCCAUAGAGUUACCUAAAGCUGUUGAGCUGGAAUAUGCUUGUUCUGGCGUUUCUGCCGUCAUUGAGUGAGAGGCGACAAGGUAAGUUAGCAUUUUUCUUCCUAUCAAUCAGCACCACGGAGACGCAAAGCUGUCUUUUUCCUUUCUAUUGCCAAGUAGUCUUAUCCUGAUAGGAACAGUCUGUACUAGGGCAGAUUGCAAAAGGUUUUUUUUUUUUUAAGGUUU